CCACCACGAACACCGAGCCAUCUACCACCCAUACCCGUUAUUUGGCCCUGAAAGUGUGCUUUGGCCUCAAUCCCGUCUCAUCUCAACAAUCAUCUAGAGCCCGCCAGCUCAUAUCUCUUCUCAUCACGAGCAAAAUACCCCAACAUGGCCCCAACAACAACGCGCAAGCCUCCAGUGCCCACCGUAGCCGAGACCAUCAAGCACCCAGCCUUUCCCACGGCGAUAUGGAACCUUGAGCCCGAUCAAAGUGGCCUCGCUCCGGUCGCUGUUGGCCGCGGCGGGCCUUUCAACGUGAGCUGGGAAAUUCACGGUGAAGGGCCCAUCAAGGUUUUGUUCAUCAUGGGUCUCGGAGGUCUUAAAUCUGCCUGGCAGCGUCAAACCCUCUACUUCGGCCACCAAAAUCGCGACAAGUACUCCGUUCUCCUUAUCGACAACCGCGGCAUGGGCGACUCCGACAAGCCUCUCAUGCGCUACAGCAGCAGCGAGAUGGCCCGGGACUGGAUCGACAUUCUCGUUCACGUCGGAUGGCUUCCCGCUCCGCCUUCCUCCCCAUCCUCAUCCUCCUCUUCUAUCACCACCUCCCUCUCAUCACACUCCGGGCCACCCGUCCCCGUCCCCAGCGAACGCACCCUCCACGUAGUUGGCCUCUCCCUCGGCGGCAUGAUCGCCCAAGAACUCGCCUGCCUCAUCCCCACCGCCAUCUCCUCCCUCAACCUCUGCUGCACAGCCGCCGCCAUCGAAAACACCACCACCUUUGCCGAAAACAUCGCCAACCGCAUCCGCAUGCUCAUGCCCCGGCCCGUCGACCACUCCAUGGCCGACACGGCUCGGCAGCUUUUUCCGCUCUCGUGGCUCGAACAGCCAGACGACUGCGAAGUGCCCGACCCAUCAACCACUCCCAAAUGCGGUCCACCCAACCCGCGUUCGCCCAAGAUUCCCCGCCCGGCUGGGCCGGAGUAUCUCAAGUUCGAUAGCAACGCGCAGAGGUACGUGGCGCAGGAGAUGCACAAGCGUCUGGACCCAGCCCGCUUUGGGCUCAAGGGGUUUUUGUUGCAGUUGAUUGCGGCGGGGUGGCAUCACAAGUCGGCCGAGCAGUUACAGAAAAUGGCGGAUGAGGUGGGGAGGGAGAGGAUUCUGGUGAUGCAUGGGACGGAGGAUGGUAUGAUUAGCGUGCCGCAUGGGAGGAAGUUGAUCAAAAUUAUUGAGCCGGAGGUGGGAUUGAUCGAGGAGGGGAUGGGGCAUGCGCCGGUAGUGGAGAGGACGGGGUGGUAUCAUGGGGUAUUGGUGGAGAGGAUUCGGAGGGGGGAGGGUUUGGACGGGAGGGUUUAGCUUUGGGAAAAGGGGGUAUGGGUGAUGAUUAGAGAGACAAAGAGGGGGGAGGAAGUCAGGACCAUUGGGAUUGGGUUUUGGUGAAGAUGUCGAUUGUUUAUCUGGGGCAAGGAGUUCUGGAGCGUGUUGACUUAGCAUGCAUGCAUCAGGUACUUUCAACGGAGCACGCCAGUGCUGGCUAAGAUUGAUCAGUGCGCAGACAAGAUCAAGUCUUGAUCGAUCCAUCUUGCGAAAGCGGCCUUCAAAAUCUAUGUCUGACUGGUGGAUUAAACCAAUUCAAG